ACAUUGCCUAAAAAAUCAAUUCGUGUACGUUUACAAAGGCAAUAAUUAUAGGAUUGUACUUACCUUACAAUAUUCAUAAAUCAGAUAAUUAUAUAUCAGUCAUGUCAUCUUCAACUUUUACACAGACAAGAUCUCAGGCGUUGAAUUUAGAGAAACAAACAGAAACUCUUCUAUCUAAAUAUUCUGAAUUUCAAACUCAACAAUCGAACAUUAUAGAUAAAACGAAUGAUGAAUCUAGUCUUGAAUCUCAAAUCUCUGCCAUACUAACCAAGAGAGAAUCUUUAUUACUGAAAUUGAAUCGAAUUUCUGAAUCAAUGGAUAAUUUACUGACUUCCAAACUUCAACAAUUAACUCGUCAUAAAGAAAUUCUUAGUGAUCAUCGAUCAUCUUUCCUUAAGAUUCAAUCUAAUAUCAAUGAUGAACGUAAUAGAAAUAAUCUUCUAUUCUCUAUUCGAUCUGAUAUUGAUGCUCAUCAUCGUCGUGAUGCAAAUGAAGGUGAUCAAACUAAUGAAAUUAAUGCUAAUGAUUACAUCCUCGAUGAGAGAUCACGAGUUGAUAAUGCUAAUUCUUUUGCUGAUAGAUUAUUACAACAAGCAUUUCAAACUAGAGAUGAAUUGAUGCAACAACGUCAAUAUCUUGACAAUGCUCAACUGAGAAUGUUAAGUAUAAUUCAAAAUAUUCCUGGAAUAAAUGCCCUUAUUUCAAAGAUAAAUACAAGAAGAAAAAGAGAUACACUUAUAUUGGCUGGUGUUAUUUCUAUUUGCAUAGUGUUAUUAUUCUUUGUCUAACAGAAUUGUUAGUCUAAUCAAUCUACUACUCAAAAGAAUCGUUGUCAUGAGUCCCUCAAAUCCAACCCAAUCCAAUCUAAUACAAUCUAUUCUAUUCUAUUCUAAUCCAAUACAUUACAUUACAUUACAAUAUCUAAUAUCUAUAUACUUAAUAAUUAUCCUUGAGUGUUGCUUAUACAAAUUUUCAGUACAACACCGCCUACUUUACAUAGCACCAGGCACUA